AUGCCUCCAGUUCGCACAUCUCGCAAUCGCAAACGACCCCCAGCAGGCUUCGAUGACAUCGAAGACACACUCCUGGAAUUCAGCAAUAAAAUGAAAGAUGCCGAAAAUGCACCGCAUGAGGGCAAGAAGAAACACGAGGUGCUCUGGCCCAUUUUCCAGAUUAGCCAUCAGCGAUCAAGAUACAUCUAUGAUCUAUAUUAUGAGAAGGAGGCUAUAUCGAAACAACUCUACGACUGGCUCUUGAAGAAUGGCUAUGCGGAUCCGAACUUGAUCGCGAAGUGGAAGAAGCAAGGGUAUGAAAAGCUUUGUUGCCUCCGUUGCAUUCAGACAAAGGAAACAAAUUUUAACGCUACUUGCAUUUGCCGGGUGCCUAAGGCCCAACUUAAAGAGGACCAAAUCAUACAGUGUGUUAGCUGUGGAUGCCGUGGCUGUGCCAGUAGUGACUAA